CAAUUCUUCCCAACUUCUUGAACAAGAUGGACGCGGUCGCCUUGUCGCAGAAGGAGGCACGAGCACAAAUCGAGUCGUUAUGGACUGAUGUCGACAACCUGGUGCGAGGCAUGACCAGAGGCCACGCCGGUUCAGAUACCCUCAACAAGGCAAUCCGCAACUUUGCUGUCCUGGACACCAAAUUCCUCCACACCUUUGAAAGCAUCAACACAACGCAGGAACACCUCGAGUCAAUACAAACAUCGCUGGAGACCAUCACGACAGACAUGGAGCAGGCCGUCAACGACAAGUAGCGGCGACCCACAUGCAAACUCGGAUCUUUGCUCUCCUUCCCCCACUUUGUUAUUAUUUCUUCGUCAUCUGCUCUUCAUCAGAGCAUCACCGCUUCAUCACCACAUGGGCAAACCCACCCCCCCCCCGUCUGCUUCCCUUCGAUCACCUGUUGUGAGAUGUACUCAAACACGAGGCCCAGGCAACCACGGGAUGGGCCAACAUCGUGUGUCAAAAGAGAAGGUGGAAUAAACACAAUGAACA